CUGCCAUGACGCACGAAGUUCGGGACAAGGAAGGACAUCCCAUCAAGGUUGGCGACGAGGUGUUCACCCGUAUACGGGGUGGAACGCAUGAAGGAAAGGUAGAAGCGGUCCUCCGGACGGAGGAAGACAUCAAGAAUGCUGGCGACCUUGGCAUCACUGUAAAGCACCCGCCUAAGGUCAUCUUCACAGAUCAACACGGCCAUCGCGUAUCACACAAUCCGGAAACGCUUUCGCAUGUUGGAGAGGGUUCGGGUUGAACCUCGUCCCUUGAGAUAUUGGGAGUUGACGCUGAGAAGGACGAACGCGUGGCCUGUGUCUUGUAGCUAUCUGCUUUCUUGUAUGUGAGAUCGACAUGGGAAAGGUCCGGUUGCAAGCUUUGAUGCACUGAUGGCCCGGUGUCGAGAGAAGAUGACGCCUGUGUGGUCGAGUGAUGAUCUGCACUGUCGAUCAAUAGUAGGGUCUACGUGCAGACAGCGCUGCAUUCCCGCUACAUACUUAUCAUAGAAAGAACAAUGGACGUUACGC